AUAAAGCGCUGGCUGGCUCCAAGCGCAGUCUGCUGGAUACCACAGAUUGGGAGAGAGUGAGAGAGGCGAGCCUUUGAAUCUCUGCGGUGCAGAGCUGGAAAAGCUGCUUCUCAGCGAAAAUCAGACGCCCUAUUUACUCUGCUUAUUUUGCUCCUAUUAUUUUCCUGGAGAAAAAAAAGGGACUUACAACCAAGAAGUUGCAACGAGGACUGGUGCCCGUUUCAGCGAACAAACGUGGUAUUUCCUUUAUUACUAUUUAUGCUGUUUUUUUUGUUUUUGUUUUUGUGAAUACACUUCUACUGAAGGGACUGAGGUUUUUACUUUUGCACUGAGACGCAUUGCUUUCUACCUCCUGCCUGGUCUCUCUGCCAGAUUAUCCCAGCAGAAGUAGGCUAUAUGACGCAAACCGUGUGCAGCGCAUUAGUCUGAAACUUUUCCUCCACUACUUUUUUUUUUUCAUUUUCCUUUUUUUUCCCCCACCAAUCACACGGUGUUUCAUGCUACAGCAAGUCAGUGCACAACGGUGGAGGAGCCAAAAGAACUAUUGCAUGAAACAAGAAAGGAGAGAAGAGACGUUGAUUAAUAAGUCAGUUUUUGCGACGCUCGCAAGUACCUUUGCAUAUCUGCAAAAGAGUCGCGACAGCAACAUGAGCACAGAGCUGAGCAUGGGCCCGGAGCUACCCAGCAGCCCUCUGGCUCUGGAAUAUGUCAACGAUUUUGACCUGAUGAAGUUUGACGUGAAGAAGGAAGGCCUGGCCGGGCUGGAGCGCAACGGGGUGCGCCAGUGUAACCGUCUCCAACCCCAAGGCUCCGUGUCCUCCACCCCCAUCAGUACACCCUGCAGCUCGGUGCCCUCCUCGCCCAGCUUCAGUCCCACAGAGCAGAAAAACCACCUAGAGGAGCUGUACUGGAUGCCGAACAGCGGGUACCACCAGCAGAUAGACCCGCAGACGCUAAGCCUGACCCCAGAGGACGCAGUGGAGGCCCUGAUUGGAGCCACAGCUCACGGCCACCCUCCGCCUCCGCACGUCCAACAGCAGCUGCAGCAGCAAGGCGCUUUCGAGGGCUACAGGGGCCCGCAUCACCAUCACAGCCACCACGGCCACGGCCAGCAGCACCAUCACCCAUAUGCUGGGGGCAUCCCGCACCACGCCGAGGAACUGUCCGGGCACCCGGGCGGACACAACCAUCCACACAGCCAGCACCACCAUCACCACAGCCAGGACCCAGACAGCCCGUCCCCGGUCUCCCCAGAGUCCCACCAGCCGCUCCAUCACCACCGCCACCAUCAUCACCACCAUCCGCACGGCCACCUGAGCCAGUCGGCGGGGCACCACAGCUCUGGGGGCGGACUCAACGUGGAGGACCGCUUCUCCGACGACCAGCUGGUGUCCAUGUCGGUGAGGGAGCUCAACAGACACCUACGGGGCUUCACCAAGGACGAGGUCAUCCGCCUCAAGCAGAAGAGGAGGACCCUGAAGAACCGGGGCUACGCUCAGUCCUGCAGGUUCAAGCGGGUGCAGCAGAAGCACGUGCUGGAGAACGAGAAGACGCAGCUGAUUAACCAGGUGGAGCAGCUGAAGGCGGAGAUCAGCCGGCUGGCGAGGGAGAGGGACGCCUACAAACUCAAGUGUGAGAAACUGACGGGGUCAGGGGCCAAUAACGGGUUCCGCGAGGCUGGCUCAACCAGUGACAACCCUUCAUCUCCAGAGUUUUUCAUGUGAGUUGUCGUAGCCUUUUCUUGUGAACCCCUUCACAACAAACUUUCCCCUCCACCCCCACCUUUCCUUUUUCUCCACAAAUGACUGACUGGCUGAUGAACAAACGAUAAUAAUCCACACUUCCCAUACUGUUUAUGAUUAUACUAAUAACGGUAACAAUUAUAUUCAUAUUAGAAGAAUAAUCCAUCAAAUAGUAUUCUCAUAUAUAAUCAUCUCUCCAUCCACGUGUCAACUGAGAUACAAAGAGCAACGUAGAGUGUCUGAUCAGUCGCAGCAUCUUUGUAGAUUAGUUGCUUGUAGUGAAGAGACUUUUUUUUCUCCUUCUUCAAAGAAGAGGAUCGGCUGAUGAACUUUUUCUGUACUUUUUUUGAGGCUACAGCUUUUAAAUAAUCUGUAAGUAGUGUGGGAUGGCGUCGAGGCAGUUGUCUUGUAAUUUUGUUCUCCAGAAACGAUGACAUUGUUAUGAAACAACAAGCAGGCCUGGCCUCGCAAGCCUGCAACACACCAGACUCUCUCAUUCGACAAAAAAAAGGGGGGGCCCGUAAAUCUGAGAAAAAUCUCCAAAAAGCAAGACUCCACUUUAUGCAAAUUUAAAACGUCUGUCUUGGGGGGACAUUUUAUGCAACAUCUCAUUGAUUUAUUGCCUGCUUGGUUAUAUUCGAAUAUAUAUUGAAACAAAAAAUCUGCAUUAAAUAUUAAUCCUGCAUGCUGGACAUGUACGGUAAUAAUUUCUAUUUUGUACUUUCAUCUUCUCGUGUAUAUUAAGAGCAUGUUGUUGAUCUGCGCUUCUCCAUAGUUUUUUGGGGGGGGGGUUAGAGAAAUGCAGCGGGGACAGAACAGCAGGACUGCCGGUGCAGUGUCAUAUGGUGUGGGUUUCUUUGGGCUUGUAAAUAUUAUGCAACCGCAAAACUGCACAACAAGAUUGAGGAGGCUGGUUUGUACUUCUUUCUUUCUUUGUGUUGUGUUUUUAUUUCAUUUAUUUUGUAUGAUUUUUUUUUAUCAUUUUGGGGUAUUGAUUGAGAGGAGUGCAUUUUUUCAGUUGCAUUUAAAUACAACAAAACUUUGUGUGUCAAGUGCACUUUUGGAUAAUGAUUUUUGAACGUUUUCAUUUUGAAAUUUGUGCAGACCUCCCUCCAGGAAGACAUACUAUGAUACUAUAUACUAAUAUUAUUCAACACAGGGCCUAUGUGCAAAGUUUUAGAGUAAUAUUUGGACACGUGUUCUGCGAGGCUGAGGAGGACAAACAUGUGGCCACAAUAUUAUUGGACCCAGACUGCACAGAAAAGGCUAUUGCGCACCAAGUUUUCUACAUACUGUUUAACUUACGCAAAGUGUGUAAAUGCUCUGUCAUUUUAAUUCAGCGUGGUUUUUGUGCCACAGUUUUAGAAAAGUGUCGUUCUGCCUUUCUAUUAACUCUUUAGCAGUCCACAUCAAACCCAAAACAAAAAGCUUAUCCUCUCAUUCCGAUUGGCGGCCACCUGUAGCAUAUUACCACUGGGCCCGAGAUUUGUAUUUUUAAACCAUAUUUAGAAGAAGAAAAAAGUGCAACAACUUACUUGUCAGGGGUUUUAUGUAGAGUUAAUAUUUAGAUAACGCCGAGCAUUUUAAUACAAAAGUUUGGACAUUAAUGCUCUAUGUUUUCCUGAUUUUUUUUCCUGCCGGUCAGUAAAAAAAGGGACUCAGGUUGUGCAAAUUCUCAAAAUGAAAACAACGUGUAUGUUAUGUAAUACGUUCUUUGUCUGUUUUAUUAUUAUUUGAUGAUUCUGGUUCUGCUGGCCAGAUGCAUAGUUAAAGUUUUUAUUUUAAUGAUUUAAAUUAACAAACUGUCAGAUCAUAUCGAAUAAGCAUGGUGCUUGCAUUUGAAACUAUUGUUGAAAAGUCAUGCAUUUAACAAUCUUUGGUUUGUUACUGAUUCAACUGUGUUGAAAUCUAACUGAAACUGCAGCAGCGGGUUGUUGUUUUGUUUUCACCUAUACCAUGUACUUUGCGAUGAUGGGGAUCAAUUUUCAAUCCUGUUUAUAUAAAUAAUAGUUAAAAAAAACACUUAAAUUUGAACUGUUCCAUUCAGGCUGGUUUCUGUUUCGUCUUAUUUUUUGGUUGUUUUUGGAAGAAAUUGUUUCCUAUUUUGCUUAUUAAAGUCAUUGAAAUGGCAA